CCCAUCGCAACGGAGCCAGAGGAGCGAAACGCCCCGUUCGAAGCGCGCUGCUCCCGAAACUUAUUUGCCGACGCGAUGCCUCCUUUCACAUCUCUCGACGACGACGCCGUCACUGAAGUCGGUGCUGGUUCAGCCAAGCUCGCUUGGCGCUCGCUUGCAGCCUGAAAUUCGCGCGCAGUCAGGUUUCGCUGCCAGAAAAAAAAACGCUUCUGGUCAGCCAAUCAACCUCACUAAACAGGUGCAUUGCCUUUUUUACCCCUCGUUACUCGGCUUUUCUCACUGCCGGAGUACUCUCCGCGAACUCUUCAGUGGUCGGGUGUUUCCGGAAGACAUUCUGUGACGCUCGGAAGGUCAAGGCGCCGGAGUUUCGACACUUUAUGAAAGGGGACAUUGUGCCAUAAUCUUGCUUCCCUUUCCGGUUGUUGUUUUUUGGCAAUAGGAACACUUCUUCAGAGCAUCACCGGAUCUCGAGGCAGGACCAAGGCUUUUUCCCUCUACAUUCCCACUACUCAACGCGCACUCCGUAACUACGGUUUCGGAAGCAACGCUGUAUCUGCCGCUGACCACCGUGAUUUUAUUUUUUCCUGGUGAACGACUGUUUGAAGUUGAGACUGCUUCCGCAGUUUGUUCCCUGCGAUCAUCGAUUUGGGACGUGACACUGCGUUGAACGGCAUUGUGAAGUGCGCCUUUCCUCCGCGCGGAUACCCCUUGCCUGGCUGUGUAGUGCCGUUGCAGCCGGUCGUCGUGCGAGCCGUUCUUCCACGUGGACUGUCGCCGCGGCGCGGAGCUUUAGAAAAGUGCCUGUCACCGUCACGAGGAGGAUUGCGCUCCUGGAGUUGUGUACGUUCUUGUGCGUAGAUGCAAAAGACCUCCCCCUGUGCACGGCAGGUUAUGUCCGAGUCAAGGGCACUCUGGUGGCUUCUUUGCUGGACGAUCAGCUGCUUGUCGCUCCAAGGGGCUCUGUGCGUGGCCAUUUGGAAGCUGUCGGUACCGCGCUGGGUGCCGAACGGCACCGAGGAGCCCGUGUUGCUGGACUGCGAGUACGUGUACAACGAGCACGACGUGCGACUCGUGGUCAAGUGGUUCUUCAACGACCUUUUGGAGCCCGUGUACCAGUGGAUACCGGAGCUGAACUCGCGCCAGGCGAGCGGCAUCCUGGCCGGCCACCUAGACGACUCCUCGUACACCGGGCCCUCGCAGUACCGGGCACUGCGCAUCGUACGACCCACCACCGAGAUGAGCGGCCUCUACACUUGCGUCGUUUCUUCCCUGGCCGGUAUAGACUCGAGGCAGCAGUCAAUGAUGGUCUACGUGCCGGCAAAAAACUUCACGCUGACGUACGUGACCACGCCAGUGCCAGCCGCGUCAACUGCUGCAGCCUCGUCUCUGGGAACGGCAGCAGGAGCACGGGUCGGGGCUCCCGCGGACUUCACCUCCACAUCAGGGUCGUCCUCGAGCGGCAACUCGGGUGUCGGCGGACCGACGGUCGAGGUUCACUGCGACGCCCUAGGCCUGCACCCGCGUCCCACGAUGCGGUUGUUCAGCAUCACGCCGGACAUGCGUCGCACUGAGGUCCAGCGCGGCAGGACGCGCAAGGCUAACGGCACGUACGACAUCGAGCUGUGGCGCUCGUUCAACGCCGAGCAGCUGCCGCCGUCGGUGACCUUCGAGUGCGUACUCGAGAUACCGGGCACCGACUACGAGGUCCGCCGGCGGACAGCGUAUAGUCCCGGAUAUCUCUACUUAACAGAUGCUUCCCAAAGACUCGCCACGCAAAAGAGCUUGUUUGUCCUUCCACUAGCCUUCACGCUUCUAAAGAACUCCUACACUGCCGGAACUUGAAGACGAGUUCUAGAUUUGUUGGUGACGCUGUUGGAGAAGCUUGAAGGACGCCUAGUCGGACGUUCACGUUGUUUGUACCUAUGAUGUACAUACGCACAAAUAUUUGUAACGAACCCCUCUCCUUUGAUGGAGAGGAAUGAAACUGAACAGAAAAAAUGGCACAUAUUUCAAGUUAUAAGUUUCUAAGCCUUUAACUGGGAGCGCAGCAAUUAUUGUCGCCUUCCUUCUUUGUUAUAGUCGAUGUACUGUGAUACUGAUAGGCACUUGUUCACCCUCAUCAUUUCGUCAUGGGUGGUACCGUUAUUGUUUGCUUCAAAUCAGCAGGCCAUUUAUUUUUGCAGCUGAUCAGCUGUACGAACAACUUAAUGAAAAUCCAAAGCACGGACCAAGAAAGUAAAGCAAAUAAAUGUAGAGUGGUUGUUUCUCGCAGCGUGUGGGUGCUGGAACGCUUUACUAGACAGCUCUUACGAGUAGAUACGACGUCGGAAAACGAUGCGAUGGCCAUGGAAAACGCUGUUCCAGCUUGUCAAACGACAAAA